AUGAAGUCCACCCACAAUGACUGCGAUGCUGUCCUCCGAGUCAUACUAAUUGGUGACGGGGCCGUCGGGAAAUCAAGCAUAAUGCUAAGGUACUGCGAGGACAAAUUUGAUCCGAAACAUAUCAUGACUAUAGG